AAGGAAUCCUUACCAAUGCAUUCAUCUGCCAUCCAUCAUUGUGUUUCGCUGUCUGAACCAGAACCAAUUCCGAAAUCUCUACAAUUCGUAGGUUUUUUUUUUUUUGCAAAUUCUCGUUUCCGAUUCGAGAUGUUUCUAUCGCCUGGCCGCUCUCCACGUCACCUAUCUUCUCCGUCGCCGUCUUCUUACUCCGACGAUGGUCUCCGCAUCUCCUCUUCGAGGAUCCCACCUCGGAACCCUAGAAAGCGGAUGAGAGUCCUCGACGAGGACGCAUACGUCGCAGCGAUCGAGAAGAUCAUCGAACGCGAUUACUUCCCCGAUAUCUCCAAGCUCAGGGACCGUCUCGACUGGCUCCAGGCGGUUAAAACCCGCGACCCGGUUCAGAUCCGAGACGCACAGUUAAAGAUCAUCGAGAGGCGUGGGAAGAAAGCUAAUCAUCAGGGUGGGGACACCGUGGGUAACAAAACUCAAACCCCUGGAUCUACUUUCUUAAGAAGUUUCACUCCUUUAGAUGAGUUUGAUGGUUCUAAGACCCCUAGAGAAGUCGAAGUAGUAGUUGCUAAUGAUGGUGAGUUUAAUAUGUCGUUAGACGAGUUCUUUAGGAGGUAUACAAGUGAGGAUAACGAUAGCUUCUCAAACAUCUUGGAGAAGGUUAAUAAGAGGAAGAAGGAGAAGUAUGGUUAUCUCCUUGAGAAGGAUGGUGAUUUGAUUGAGGAUGUGAAGAGAGACAGGAUCACAGAUGGAUACGGUACUUCUUAUCAACCACCGAGUACUUUAGAUGGGUGGAAGUACACAGCGAAGAAUCUUCUCAUGUACCAUCCAGCUGACCGCGGCGAGUGGCCUUUGACUCAAGAGGAGAGGGCUGUGAGGUUAGCUGGACUGACCAAGGAGAUUGUUAAGGCCAAUACACGUUUUCAAGGGAAGACGAUGGAUUCUAGGCCGAGGGAAGAUGGUUCUGUUGAGAUUCUCUACACUCCCAUCGCAGGCUCUUCCCCUAUGCAGCAGGUUAGGGAUAGAGACACCUCCAAGAGGUAUGAUCUUGAUGAUUUGAGGAAGACUCCGAAUCCUUUCUACGUGGAGUCGGAUAAGAAGGCGGGUAACGGGUAUAGUUUUGUCAAGACGCCGUCUCCUGCACCUGGUCUCGACGAGUCGCCGUUUGUAACGUGGGGGGAGAUCGAAGGGACGCCGAUGAGACUAGACCCCGAGGAUACGCCUCUUGAUAUUGGCGGGAGUGCUGAUGGACCUCACUACAACAUUCCCUCCGCGCCUCAGAGGGACGUGAGGGCGCAUUCUUUGUCGAGGGACGCGUCGCGGAGGCUGAGGGAGAGGUCGAACAGUAUGUUUAAGAAGCCUCCGUUGCCGCCGUCUCCUCAUAGGAGUGGAAGUGCGAGUCCGAAUGUGAGGAUGCUUUCUCCUGCUGCUCAGAAGUUUUUUAGGCGGGCGAUAAGGAAGUCUUCUUCUGCUGUUGAUGAGAGCCUUCGUGCGAGUUACCGUGGGGGGAGUCCUGGUGCUGUGACUCCUAAGAGUGUGUCUAGAUUUGGUAAAGAUAGGAUCACCCCUGGUUCAAGGUCGCCUUGAUUGUGCAGAGUGUUGUGAACUUUAUAUGAUGUUUUAAAUGCUUUGGUGCUAAUAGAGGCAACAAAGAUGCUUCUUCUUGUAGUUAAUAAGGUUGGGCUAAGUGCUGUUGAGUCUUUUUCUAAUGGAAUAUUAUCUACGUUUGCAAUUGUAAUUUUGAUUUCCACA